AUGGCGGACAAGAAGUGGCUGCUAGGGCCGGGGCCACUGGACCCGAUGCCCCUGGGCAUGAACUGCAAGCCCUGGUACAGAGACAAGUUACCCUCCAAGUGUUUCACAAUGCACAAGAAGACGCUCCUGAAGUUCCCCACCUCCCUGGACAGCCGGCGGUGGAUAUUUGUGAAAGAGGGUCUGGAUGACUUCCGGAAGGGCUGCCCGCCUUGUGACAACCUGAUCACUCGCGGCCCUAAGGAGGGCUUUCUUCCUGUGAUUGCUCCCAGAGUUCCCAAGCAUGCCCCCAAAAAGAGUCAGAAAAAGCUGCCCAAAGAAGCAGAUCUGUUUUCCACGCUCUCGCCAGCGCAGCUAGCACGGAAGGCAUUUGUGGCAAACAUUGAAGCCUGUCUGACCAAGCAUCCCUUGGCUCUCUACCCGAAUCUGGAGGAAGAUCUACCUGCAGACCUCUUACUAAAGGUGCUGGGAGUGCUCGAUCCUGACAGGAAGCUAGAGGACACGUGGGCUUAUUGUCAGGGCCCCAGAGAAAAAACAAAGUCCCCCCAAAAGCUUCGUAAAAAACGUCCUGCCAAGGUCUACCUGGAACCUCUCAAGGCGGCUCCUGUGUCACAUCCAGCCAGUUUGCAUCAUGAAGACAAGAAGUCAAGCAGAAAGGAUUCACUCACUCAUCCUCCUAUUCAUAGAAAAGUACCGAAAGGAAUUCCUAAAUUCUGCAGGUGCGUUGCUACUUUUGGAGACCUGGGCGUCAAUGAAGAGUUCAUGAAACUGUGUGAGGUUAGCUGUGAGCGCCCACCAAAAGGAACCCAGGUUUCUUCAAACGUAAAGUACAGCAUGGGGCUAAAUAAAAUGGAGGAGAUAAAAUUCUCCAUGGAGGAGCAAAACUGGGAGAGGAAACUCCAGAAACCAUCGAAUUCUUAUAAACCCAGCUGGGUGAAGAUGAGGUAUGGUGCAUGGUACCUGAAACCCAAGUUGUGGAAAAAAGUAGUAAAUGACGAACCUUGGAUUGACCCCAACGUCUUACUUGAAGAUGGGACUUUUGGAAGGAAGCUUACUGAACCGGACAUUCUUGAAGAUCUUUAUGGAACAAUUGCAUUUAAAGAUUUCAUUCUAAGCAAGGACUACAGGAUGCCGGACAUGCUUGAGAAGUUGUUCAUCAGGAAGGGAUGGCAAUACGAUUCUGUUAGGACGCCUAUCUACAAAGUAAUAAAAAAUCAACUUCAAUGCAGAAGAUGA